AUGUAAUUGAUCAGGGCUUUCUGUACAUUCAUUUAUGGAAUUCUUACAACAACAUGAGGAAGGCAUUUUGUUUAUUUCUUGUUUUACAGAGAGAAUAUUGAGUGUGGAGAGACGCUUCCAUCACUUGCCUAAGAUCAAGUGGGGAAACUAGGACUUGAACCCAACAGCCACACUGUCCAGGUUUCUCCAUCAUGAUAACAGCUCAUCACUGACACUUACUGGACACUUAUUCUGCUGCUACUCUGUACAGCUGCCAGUGGGCCAGGGAUGAGCUGCUGUCCUGCUUCUCAAUGGCAUCUCCCCCUGGUCUGGAACUGAAGACAUUGAGCAAUGGCCCUCAGGUCCCCAGGAAACCGCCUCCUCUGGGCCUGGCAGCCCCACCCAGGUCCGGUGUGGAGAAUGCCUGUUUCUCCUCAGAGGAACAUGAGACUUGUUUCCAGAACCCUGGAGAUGCCAGACUGGGUAGCUCUCCUAGUCCCCCAGGGGGUGUCUCCUCACUGCCUUGGUCCCAGCGGGAUGAUCUGUCCCUGUGUUCAGAGGAAGGGCCAGGUCUGGAGCCUGUGAGUCGCCCUGUGGAUUAUGGCUUCGUUUCUGCUCUGGUUUUCCUGGUGAGUGGGAUCCUCCUGGUGGUGACAGCAUACGCCAUUCCCCGUGAGGCCCGUGUCAACCCAGACACAGUGACUGCAAGGGAGAUGGAGCGACUAGAGAUGUACUACGCCCGCCUGGGCUCCUACUUGGACAAGUGCAUCAUCGCAGGCUUGGGGCUGCUCACAGUGGGUGGCAUGCUCUUGUCAGUGCUGCUCAUGGUCUCCCUGUGCAAAGGGGAGCUGUACCGCAGGCAGACCUUCGUCCCUGGCAGAGGCCCCAGGAAGACUUAUGGCUCCAUUAACCUGCGCAUGAGACAGCUGAACGGGGAUAGAGGCCAAAUGCUAGUGGAAAAUGAAGUUGUCCAGGUCUCGGAGGCCAGCCAUACCCUCCAGGGGUCUUAAGUAGAAGUCCACUCCAUCUGGCAGCACUAGCUCGAGGGUACUGAGGACCCCAGAGGCCUGGGGUUUCAAACAGUUCCACACAGGGCCCAAUGGAAGGAGUCUAGGAUGCUGGAGGUGGGGGGGGUGCUCAGGCAGGCACCUGCUGAUCUGUUUUAUAGCUUGAGGUUUUGCUUGGAAGAUGGCUUUUGCUGCUAAAAAUAUAAAGUUUGGAAACCAUUACUCUUAGAAAGUGAGGUUUCUCAGCAGUUUUGAGGGUUGAGAGCCAUUUGAAAGACUGCCUAUCAUGUUCCUCCUCCUGUGGGGAAUUCCAGGACCUCUGUAUCCUCACUGGCCAGGCAAGGUUGUAAGGUGACUCUGGGGGCCACCUUUCAGUCAUGACAGUCUAAGUUGGGAAGUAGCUUCAUGGGAAGGGAGAGGCCAACACUGGGGCGAUCUCUUAUAGCACUCCACUGACUGAGCCACAGCGCUCCCUCUUCAGGCCUUAGCUGCUCUUCUCUGUCCAGCAAGAGGGUUGGGCUGAUGACCUCUCAGGCUGGUUUUGCCACAGUUUCCACCUGUGGUCAUCCCUUCAAAAGAAGAGGUAUUAUCUGGGCACUAAUUAUUCUUCAUACCAUUUCCUGGCCCCACUUUGGU